CAUGGCCGCGCCGCAGAAGACCGUGAAGCUGAACAACGGGCUUGAGAUCCCAAUCCUAGGGCUGGGGACGUGGAAGUCAGCGCCAGGCGAGGUGUCGAAGGCGGUCGAGUACGCGCUGAAGGAGGCGGGAUACCGGCACAUCGACUGCGCGUUUGGGUAUGGGAACGAGAAGGAGGUCGGAGAGGGGAUCCGUGCGAGCGGCGUGCCGAGGGAGCAGAUCUGGAUCACGAGCAAGCUGUGGUCGACGUACCACCGGAAGGUGGAGGAGGCGCUCGACAUCACGUUGAAGAACUUGGGUGUGGACUAUUUGGAUUUGUUCCUGAUGCACUGGCCGGUGCCCCUGCGCCCGAAUGAGAAGAACGACCUGAUCCCCCUUCGUCCUGACGGCUCGCGCGACGUCGACGAGGAGUGGAAGAUUACGGAUACCUGGAAGCAACUCGAGGAGCUGCAGAAGAAGGGCAAGGUUCGCUCGAUCGGCGUGUCGAACAUGUCCCAGAAGACGCUCGAGAAGUUCCUUCCCAAGGUCUCUAUUAAACCCGCGGUCAACCAGCUCGAGAUCCACGUCUACAACCCGCAGCACGAGUUGCUGGCCUACCUCCGCAAGGAGGGCAUCGUCCCGCAGGCGUACUCCCCGCUCGGCUCGACAGGCAGCCCGCUCGUGUCUGAUGAGGUCGUGGUCGAGGUGGCCAAGACGCGCGGCGUGCAGCCAGUAGACGUGCUCUUGGGUUACCUUGUUGCAAAGGACAUCAUUGUCCUGCCCAAGUCCGUCACCCCUGCGCGCAUCGCAUCUAACUACUCUGGCGCACUGUCCGCCGCUUCCAAGCUCUCUGCUGACGACAUCGCCAAGCUCGACAGUCUCGCGGCGGCAGGCAAACAGAAGCGCUUCGUUGCUCCUCCUUGGCCUGUUGACCUCGGUUUCGCUGACUGGCCGACACCCGAGACGGUAUACCAUGUCAGUAUCUAGACAAACUGC